GAUACCCGCAGGCCUCUUCUCAUUCAGCAUGUUCGUCUUCAAGCGUGACGGACGCAGGGAACGUGUGCAGUUCGACAAGAUCACAGCACGUGUGUCGAGGCUAUGUUACGGCCUCGACCCCGACCAUGUCGACCCCGCGGCCAUUACCAUGAAGGUUAUUUCGGGCGUCUACCAGGGCGUGAACACGACGCAGCUGGAUGACUUGGCCGCCGAGACAGCCGCCUACAUGACGACGACACAUCCCGACUACGCCAUCCUGGCCGCCCGCAUCGCCGUAUCCAACCUGCACAAGCAGACAAAGAAGCAAUUCUCCGCCGUGGUCGCGGACCUGUACAACUAUGUCAACCCCAAGAACGGCAAGCACCAGCCAAUGAUUUCGGAUUCCGUCUACAAGGUCAUCCAAGAUCACGCAGACGAGCUCAACUCGGCGAUAGUAUACGACCGAGACUUCAACUACCAGUUUUUCGGCUUCAAGACGCUAGAGCGCUCCUACCUCCUCCGCAUAGAUGGCAAGGUUGCUGAGCGCCCACAACACAUGCUCAUGCGUGUUGCCGUCGGCAUCCACGGCGAGGACAUUGAAAAGGCCAUUGAGACAUACGACUACAUGUCACAAAAGUACUUUACACAUGCCUCGCCCACGCUGUUCAACGCAGGCACUCCGUCCCCCCAGAUGUCUUCGUGCUUCCUCAUCGACAUGAAGGAGGACAGCAUUGACGGCAUCUACGACACACUCAAGACAUGCGCCUUGAUCUCCAAGACCGCUGGCGGUAUUGGCCUCAAUGUCCACCGAAUCCGUGCCACCGGUUCGUACAUUGGCGGCACCAACGGAACAUCAAACGGCCUCAUUCCUAUGCUCCGUGUCUACAACAACACUGCUCGCUACGUCGACCAGGGUGGCAACAAGCGUCCCGGUGCCUUUGCCAUCUACCUGGAGCCGUGGCACGCUGACGUCUUUGGCUUCCUCGACCUCCGCAAGAACCACGGCAAGGAGGAGGUCCGUGCCCGUGAUCUCUUCUACGCUCUGUGGAUCCCCGACCUGUUCAUGAAGCGAGUGCAAGAGAAUGCCGAGUGGACUCUGAUGUGCCCCAACGAGUGCCCGGGCCUUGCCGACGUCUACGGCGAGGAAUUUGAGGCCCUCUACGAGAGCUACGAGAAGCAGAACAAGGGCCGUGAGACUGUCCGCGCCCAGAAGCUGUGGUAUGCCAUCCUCGAGGCUCAGACUGAGACUGGUAACCCCUUUAUGCUCUACAAGGACGCCUGCAACCGCAAGAGCAACCAGAAGAACCUGGGUACCAUUCGCAGCUCCAACCUGUGCACAGAGAUUGUCGAGUACACUGCUCCUGAUGAGGUUGCUGUUUGCAACCUGGCUUCCCUUGCUCUGCCUUCGUUUGUCGACUACAAGCGUGGUGAGUUUGACUUCAACAAGCUACACGAAGUCACUCAGGUUGUCACCCGCAACUUGAAUAAGAUCAUCGAGGUCAACCACUACCCUGUUGAGGAGGCACGCCGCAGCAACUUCCGUCACCGCCCUAUUGGUAUCGGUGUUCAGGGUCUGGCCGAUGCUUUCCUUGCACUGCGUCUGCCAUUCGAGUCUCAAGAGGCCAAGAAGCUCAACAUUCAGAUCUUCGAGACCAUCUACCACGCUGCUCUUACUUCGUCAUGCGACAUCGCCAAGGAGCUUGGUCCUUACGCGACCUAUGAGGGAUCGCCCGUCUCUCAGGGCAUACUCCAGUAUGACAUGUGGAAUGUCACGCCUACCGAUCUCUGGGACUGGACACAGUUGAAGGCCAAGAUUGCUGAGCAUGGUGUACGCAACUCGCUGCUCAUCGCACCCAUGCCCACUGCCUCGACCUCUCAGAUUCUCGGAAACAACGAGUGCUUCGAGCCCUACACGUCCAACAUCUACUCUCGCCGUGUGCUCGCUGGCGAGUUCCAGGUUGUCAACCCAUGGUUGCUCAAGGACCUGGUCGACAUGGGCCUGUGGUCUGAGAACAUGAAGAACCGCAUCAUCGCUGAAGGUGGUUCUAUUGCCAGAAUCCCCAACAUCCCCGACGAGACCAAGACCCUCUACAAGACAGUCUGGGAAAUCUCGCAGCGAACUAUCAUCCAGAUGGCCGCCGACCGUGGUGCCUUCAUCGAUCAGUCGCAGUCUCUGAACAUCCACAUGAAGGAGCCCACCAUGGGUAAGAUUACAUCCAUGCACUUUGCUGGAUGGAAGCUUGGUUUGAAGACGGGCAUGUACUACCUCCGUACCAUGGCUGCUUCUGCUCCUAUUCAAUUCACUGUCGACCAAGAAGCUCUCAAGGUUGCCGACACAAACGUCGCCCGUGCUCUGCCAAAGGUACGAAAGCAGCCGGGUUUUGUGCCAGAGGCAAUCCGUAGCUCUACCACAUCAUCGCAGACCUCGGUAGCGGUCUCGCAACCAAAGACUAGUGAGAACGGUGUUCCCGCCCCGGCUGCCGACCCCGAGAGCAGGAAUGCUCUCGCCAGCAAGCCUUUCAAAGCCGAUGUUGAGGAGGGCGAGAGCCCAAAGAUGGUUGCUGCCGAUGCUAUCAGCAAGCCGGAUGAGGAUCUCACCGACAAGACCAAGCAAGAAGAAGACUCAAAGGACGGUAGCGAGGCACGGGAUGGUGAUAUUUAUGCCGAUGCCGUCCUUGCUUGCUCGAUAGAAAACCCCGAGGCUUGCGUCAUGUGCAGUGGUUAAGUCUAGAUGGGUAGGGGGGAGUGGAACACGUGGUUUGUAUCGCUCACAGCGUGUAUUGUUUACGGCGUUGGCUGUCUUAAUGAUUGGAUAUGCUCAGCACAUGGCAUGGAGGAAUGAAUUUAUGAGUUUGGAUCUGUCAUGUUAUCGCUGAGCCGUGACCUAUGUAGCG